UUAAUAAUCAAAACAUAUUUGUGAACUCAGUUCACCUGUUAAAGCAUAAGAACACAAACAAUAUUGUUAAGUACAAGCGCCAAGAUAAUAUUUCUAAUAUUAACGAUACAACUAUUUACUUCAAUUUUUACAAAGAUGGAGAGUUAACAUACUCAUUUUAUCAUAUAGAUAACAAUGUUAUGGAGCAGUCAAAAUGUCGACCUUCUGAUAAAUUUGCAUUUAUUUUACAUGGAUGGAAGCAAAACUGUGAAACAGAUUGGGUACUGAAAUUAAUUGACCGCUUAACAUUUCAUCGCAAAGGUUGUAUAGUAUGCAUAGAUUACCGCCAUUAUGCCAAAGCACCAUACAUACAAUUAUAUCGCAAUUUCAAAAAAAUUACAGACAUCAUGUAUCUUAAAUUGUUAUCAUUAAUAAAUGUCGGCUUUAAUCCAAGCAAUGGUUACAUGUUCGGUUUUAGUUACGGUGGGCAAUUAGCAACACAAAUUGGUGCUGCUCUUAAGCCACAUUUUACGUUUUAUAAUAUUGACACAUGCGAUAUGGCUGGACCAGGAUUUGAUCUAUUUAAUAAUUUCGAUCACACGAUUGGAGCCGAACUAGUUCAGUGUUUGCAUUCUAGCCGCGAUAAGGGAACAGCAUUCUAUACGUGUCAUCAAAAUGUACGUUUGGGUAAAUGUGGAUAUACUCAAGCUGCUGUUAUAAGCCAAAAUCGUUUUAGUAAUCACGGUUUAUGUGUACAAAUAUAUAUCAAUGCAUUUGAUUAUCCAUUUUAUGCAAUUUGCAAUGGACAAAAACUGUGUGGAACAACAUCUGCAGCUGUAAAUAUACCAAGAGGGUAUACCAUCGGAUAUAAAGAAAAUCCAAACAUGAAUAUUACCGGUGAAAUUUUUGUCCCAACCAGCGCAAAUUUCCCUUACAAUGUUCAACAGGAUGAACUACUUGAAUUAAGUUAUUGCUGAAAAUUAAAUUAACAAUCCAACCCAAUAUAAGUAAUGUACUAAUUUAUUAUAAAUAAAUAUCUAUGGAGAAUAAAAAUAUUUU